AUGAUUGUCCCCGUUCGGUGCUUCAGUUGCGGCAAAGUCGUCGGAGACCGCUGGACCGGCUUCUUGCAACUGCUGGAAGCAGGGCACUCUGAAGGUGAGGCGCUCGACGGCUUGGGCUUGAAGCGGUACUGCUGCAGGAGGAUGAUCCUGACCCACGUCGACUUGAUCGAGAAGUUGCUGCACUACAACCCCAUGGAGCGUCGGCAAGGCGAGGGCGCGCGAUGA